GGUGAGCUUGGAACCCCUGCCCACGACCACGACCACGACCACCACGGCUGAAAUUAACGACGCCUUUUACUGAUUAACCUGUUUCUGUAUAGGUUAAGUUCGUUUACCAUAAAGAAGUGAAUUAUGCAUCCCUCGAGACAGUUGGAAAUGUACGAAAUGUUUCGAAAGUUUCUCAGGGAUUUAAAAUGGUGGAAGGCAUCCGUAAAUAUACCCAGUGCUUGAAGAUAUCAUCGCCACCGUCGUCGUUGUGCGAGUGUCGACGAAAUAUUUUCACCGUCGAUCGAAUACUUUGAUUCGGAGAAAAAAUGUUGACUCGACACGGUAUAAUCACGGACUCUUCUCACGUUGAAGCAGUGCCAAUAAACUUGGUUGCCACCGAGGAUGGCAGAACGCUUCUAGCAGUGACAGAACACAAGGAUGGUAUGCUGGAAAUUGUUGCAACCCCAGUUACGCUCAUCGGUCAAAGUAGCAUAGCCACCUCCUUGAUGGAUGUGAAGAAUUUUAAUGGAAAUUUGAUCCUUCAGUCUCCUGGAUUUCAUAUUAGCUUGGAAGAUAUCGACGGAUCGGAACUCCAUCGAUCUCAGCAAAUUCUUGAAAUCGAUCCCGAUGUUUCUAGACAAGAGAAAUCUCGACCGCACUUAGAGACGAAACAUGAGUUAUCUCGCACUUGUGAAUCUGUUAUCGAUAAUUCGAUACUUAACCAAAAGACCUGUGAAAUUCAAAAAGGACAGGCUUCCACAACCACGAAAAGAAAUAGCCCUGGAAGGCCAAGGAAGAGCACGGCGAUUUCCUCGAAAGGCAAAGAGAGUUUGCAGUGCGAUAUUUGUCAACAAGAAUUUACUAAACAAUCAUUGUAUAGAAGACACAUGGAGAAUCAUGCGGAGGAGAAACCGCAUCGAUGUCCAAAAUGUUCCGCGUCGUUCAACGUACCGACAAAUUUUACCCUUCACAUGGCAACGCAUAAUACAGGCGAACCAAAAUGUCCCGAAUGCGGUAGAAAAUUUGCGCGAAUGGCCAGUUUAAAGUCUCACAUGUUGUUGCACGAGAAAGAAGAAAAUUUAUUCUGUACGGAAUGCGAAGACGCUUUCUCGACCAAAACUCAAUUAGACGCGCAUUUCAAACUUCACGGGGAGAAAUGGAUAACCGAAGAGGCACGGAAGUGUAAGCUGUGUAAUAAACAGUUUGGUCAGCCAGCUCUGUAUAGGCUUCAUAUUCGCGAACAUUACAGGCUGCAGACAAAAAUAGUAAAGCAGACAAAAAGAGGAGCGAAACACAAAACGAUGUACAAAUGCACGAUAUGUUUGAAAUCCUUCCAGAAGCCAAGCCAAUUGAUGCGUCACAUUAGGGUUCACACGGGUGAAAAACCUUUCAAGUGUACAGUGUGCGGUCGUGCAUUUACGCAGAAGAAUUCGCUGCAAAUUCAUACGUGGCAACAUAACGGUAUCCGACCUCAUGCCUGCGAGCUUUGUAACGCCAAAUUUAGUCAAAAAGGUAAUUUGAAUGCUCAUAUAAUGAGAGUCCACAACGUGCCAGAGGGAGAGCCUAUAUACGGAUGCAAUUAUUGUUCGUGCGUAUUUAAAAAGCUUGGCAGUUUAAACGGUCACAUGAAACGCAUGCACACGGAUGUGAACGAGGACUUUCAGGAGAGCGCUAGCAUCGAUGACACCGACUGUGCCGAUGCGAUGGAGUCCGAUAUUCGGGCAACAGUGAACAGCGUUAUGACUCAGCUGGCGUCUUUGGAAUCGAACGGGAACCAAGUCCAAAAAGCAGCGAAUUUAGACGCAAAUAUGUUGUCGGGAAUCGCGACGAAAAAAGAUAUCCUGCAGCAGGCACUGAAAAACAGUGGCCUUCCUAGUAAAAACAAAACUCUAUGCGAAGGUACAUUGGAAACGAAAAAGGUCGGGGCACGUACUAAUUUUGUAACCUUGUUGGACAGAGGACCCGACGGUGGCACGAGGAAAUACUUGACGAUAAAGCAACGAUGCGUAGGAAACGUGAGGUGGUACGCGUGUUCUUUUUGCCACAAGGAAUUCAAAAAACCAUCGGAUUUGAUACGUCACUUACGCGUACAUACGCAAGAGAAACCUUUUAAGUGUGCGCAUUGUUAUCGUUCGUUCGCUUUGAAGUCGACUAUGAUAGCACACGAACGUACGCACACGGGUACUAAAAGAUACGCUUGCGUUUCUUGCGAUAAAACAUUUACCUGCCAUGGUAGUUUAGUUGCCCAUACCAGAUUGCACGCGAAAUUCAAGGAUUGUUUCGGGAAAACAGUUGGAGACGAUGAGAUUGUCGGUGUUGUAGGUAGUUCUUCCAGUAAAAGGCCAAAAAACCAUGCGAAGAACAAAUCGAAAAUAUCUCCCGAGGCAGAGAGUCUGGUGACCCAAGUGGUCCUGGAAGAGCCGUUGGUAAUCAGCGACACGGGUAACAAAAUAUGCGUGGCGCAGGUACCUUCUAAGGAGAAACGUGCUUUCGACGCGGCGACCGAUCCAGCCAGACCGCACAAAUGCUGGGUGUGUCAAGCAGCGUUUCGAAAAAUCAGUCAUCUGAAGCAGCAUCAUCGUAGACACACGGGAGAACGUCCUUACAAGUGCACCAAGUGCGACAGGAGGUUCACGUCGAACAGCGUUCUGAAGUCACAUUUGCAUACGCACGAGGACUCGAGGCCCUACGGUUGUUCCAUCUGUAACGCGAAAUUUUCUACGCAGAGUAGCAUGAAGAGGCAUUUAGUCACUCACAGUAACAAAAGGCCAUACAUGUGUCCAUAUUGUCACAAGACGUUCAAGACUUACGUAAAUUGCCGGAAGCAUAUGAAAAUACAUAAGCACGAGUUGGCGCAACGGCAAUUAGAACAACAAAAGAUCGAAAUCAGAGAACGGGACACAAAUAAGUUAAACCAGAGAGAAUCUUUGAAACAAGGAACAGCUUCCGGGUCGCCUAGUUGCUCGACGGAUUUCUCUGUUAACGGUACCACUGCCGUCGCCAUUGCUACAACCACUGCCACCAUCGUCACGUCUCCCUCGUCCACAUUUUCGGAUAAUCUCGCGCUUUCUCGACUCGGACCUGUUGAGAUAUCUUUUCAACCUCACAUCGGGACAGACUUCUCGCAAGCUUUCCCCGACCAAUUUCAAUCUGUAACCGAGGAAAAGGAUAGUAUGAGGUCGCUUUUACCAACGAGCUGUGAUAAUUCAACGAUUAUCAACCAAAACAUGUCGGAAGUGCCGAUAACGAAUCUUGAAAAUUCGCAGAUGUUACACGCUGACGAAGCCGGUUCGGUCACGUUACCUGUUUAUUCUGCGGAGCAAGCUCUCACGCCGGAGAGCAUACGAGAAAUAGAAGAAACGUUGAACCAGCAACUGUUUAAUAUAGGAAUGAACCUAAGCCUAGGCGGUAAUCAUUCGAAACAUAUGAGUGGUGCGAGCAGCGGCCUCGAACAUUCAAAAGAACAACACCACCAGCAACCUGUCUUGAAUGUUAUCUAUGAAAAUAACAACAACAACAACAACGGUAACAACAACAACAACAACAACAUAGAGCCGGCCGAGGACCAUGUGUUCGCGUCGCAACUAGAUUCGUUCGAGAUGGAUCAUAUCGCGUUGCAAACGGAUACUGAAAUUGGACUGGACAGUAUCAGCCUGAACGCGAGCAAUUCGACGAGUAUGGCGAGCAUAUUGCCCAGGACAGCAAAGGAAGAACACAGACUCUCUGUUUCCGUUACGUCGCCUGACAACGUGAACAGAGACCAAUCGGGUAGGUGUAUGCAGGCGGUAGUGCUUAUUUCUGAGCAGAGUCUUUCAGGCAAGGAACCAACGCCGAACGAAUUGGGUGUGAACGAGACUGACAGAGGCAACGGCCAGGAACGAUGCUCGAUCGAUCGAAUACUCUUAACAGAAGAGUAUCGAGGAACGACGCACGAUUCGAAGGUUCCGUUAAAAGUGCAUCCCAUGUCCGAAGUCACGGGAACCAUCGAUGCUAACGCGGGUCAAACGUCACCAGGGAAAUCUCUGUUGCAGUGUCAUAUGUGUAGUCAGCAAGGAUUCACGGCAACUAGGCUGAAGGAGCAUUUGAAGAUCCAUCGCGGGACAAAGGAAUAUCAGUGCACGGAAUGCUCGUCGAGAUUUUGCACGAAUGGUGGAUUGAACCGGCAUUCCAAGAUCCACGUUAAUAAACAACCAUGGAAGUGCCAGUCUUGCGAGAAAUAUUUCAACAGUAAAACACAGCUUCGAUCGCACAGUAGAAUUCACGAGACCUCGAGGUGGAAUACGAUAUCAGAAUUGAAUACCGGUGCUCCAGUGAAUCCAGUUCCAUCGGAGAUGAGGGCGAUCGUAGACGUUGAUUCGCCGUUAAACGAUAUCGUGAUAGAUCCUGAUUCCACCGUCUCCGAAAGGGUCCUGCUGGAUACGGUAGCAGAGAAGGAAGUGAUGGAUCGCGUGAAAAAUGCUUUGACGGAGAAAAAAGUACGAAAGGAGUAUACGAAUAAGUGCAAGUAUUGCCCGAAAACAUUUCGCAAACCGAGUGAUCUCAUAAGGCACGUGCGCACGCAUACGGGUGAACGACCGUACAAGUGUGAUUUUUGCAACAAAAGUUUUGCCGUAAAGUGUACUUUAGAUUCGCACACGAAAGUUCACACGGGCAAGAAAACCUUUCGUUGUCACGUUUGCAGCAGUCUGUUCGCUACGAAGGGUAGCCUGAAAGUUCACAUGCGAUUGCAUACAGGUUCGAAACCGUUCAAAUGUCCUGUCUGCGAUUCGAGAUUCCGGACUUCGGGUCACAGAAAGGUGCAUUUGUUGAAGCACGCGCGGGAACACAAAGGCAGCCCUAAGAGGAAACAGAGGCACAUGAAAGUCGCGGCUAUAGCGGAAGUCGUAGCUGACAUCGCCAAGUGUGGCGACGCAAGCGAAGAAAAGAUGAAUACCUUCGAAAACGAGCAACAGCUUCACCACGAACAACUCGCGCAAACAACUACAACCGACUAUUCUCACUUGGAGACGAUAAACGUUGACGCAACGGCUGGCUGCUUGGCCGAUCAAAUUACCUUCGACACCGAUGGUGCUGCCAUGACGAAUGGUAACCCGGUAUUAUCCUUGACCGAAGGCAAUCAGCUAGUCGCCAACUUGAAUUUCCUUCUGACAAAUGGUCUCGUUACCAUUCAAACCGAGGAAUCCUUGCUACCCCAAUCAUCGUCAACCGAUAUACCCCAUAAUCGUUCCUCUAUAGUUACCGAUUCCACGUGCGUAUCGACGCUGAACAUCACAGCUGAUACUGGCAACGACGAGACUAAGGAAGCGAUUCAUAUAGGGCAAAUGUUGAAAGCGCAACUCUCGUCGCCGUAUCAGUUGCAAUCGAAUAAUUGCUUGUUAAGCGUAGCAGCCACGACGUCUAUGGAAACGUUCUCGAAGGCUCCGACUGUUGUCAGGCCUCCAUCGAAACCAGCCAAAGGAACUUCGUCCAAGAAAGAGUGCGACGUUUGCGGGAAAACGUUCACGAAACCUUAUCAGGUCGAAAGACACAAACGAAUUCACACAGGCGAACGACCGUACAAGUGCGAGCUGUGCGCCAAAUCGUUUGCCCAGAAGUCAACCUUACAGAUGCACGAAAAACAUCACACGGGGGAUCGUCCUUAUCCAUGCCCGCACUGCGAAUAUUCUUUCACGCAGAAGGGUAAUCUCCGAACACACGUGAAGCGCGUUCAUCAGUUGGAUGUGACCGUCGACACGAAGAAAUUGAAGCGCACGCGGCAAACCUUGGGUCUCCCCAAAACCCUUCAAGGCAACUUCGCCGAUGGAAAAAGUCUCAAUUUGGACGACAUAUCGUUCGUUGAGUUCCUCAAGUAAUAACAUCCAGUGGAAGGGUAUUAUUCGUUUUUUAUUUCGAACCAAAUAUUUUCUUCAAAAAACAUGAGGAACAUAAUAUCGAUUGAACGAUAAAGACAAUAAUAUAUGUAUAUUCAACGUUUUUCUUAUACACAACAAGCCACAAGUCGUUAGUUUGCGCAUCCGCGAGUAAUAGACUCGUCGUGUUCGAUGUACAGAGUGCAUUCGAUUGCUAGUGUUUGUAUAAAAAUAAAAGGAAAUUUCUAUCGUGUAAUGUACGUUGGAAAUUGACAGGGUUGCUCGA